CAAAGAUGUCCGGACGUGGAAAGGGAGGAAAAGCUAAGACCGGUGGAAAGGCCAAGUCCCGUUCGUCGAGAGCUGGACUUCAAUUCCCAGUUGGUCGUCUUCAUCGUAUUCUCCGUAAAGGAAACUACGCACAACGUGUUGGAGCAGGAGCACCGGUGUACCUCGCAGCAGUUCUGGAGUACCUCGCCGCCGAAGUUCUCGAGUUGGCUGGAAACGCUGCCCGUGACAACAAGAAAACCCGUAUUGCACCAAGACAUCUCCAACUCGCUGUCCGUAAUGACGAGGAAUUGAACAAACUGUUGGCUGGAGUCACCAUCGCCCAAGGAGGAGUUCUUCCAAACAUCCAAGCCGUGCUUCUCCCAAAGAAGACUGCAGGAGACAAAGAAUAAGCAGUGUCACAGAUGAAUAUUGCAACUAAAGAUACUCCGCCCCGUUAAUUUAUAUGUCAUCUGAAUGUAUUGUUUACUCGGCUGAAUUGUAAAUGAAAUAAAUUCAUAU